AUGGGAGAGAAACAAGAAGGUGAGAAGAAGGCAGCUACCGUAGUCUCUAGUGAGACAACCGACAACAAGCCAAAGAGUGGCGGAGGAGAUGCAGCCGCAGCCCCGGCAGCUCCGGCAGCUCCGGCUGCCUCUCCCUUUGUUUACAAAGUGGAUAUGCACUGCGAAGGCUGCGCAAAGAAGAUCAAGCGAAUGGUGAAGCACUUCCCUGGAGUGAAAGAUGUGACGGUAGAUAUGGGUGGGAACAAACUCAUGGUGGUGGGAAAGAUAGAUGCGGUGAAACUCCAAGAGAAGUUGGAGGAAAGAAUGAAGAGAAAGGUGGUACUGACAAACCCACCGCCACCAUCACCACCGCCGAAAGUAGACGCAUCUUCCGCUCCCGCCGCCGUUGAAGUGAAGAAAGACGCCGCUGUAGAUAAAGCGGCGGCUCCUGCUCCGGCUGCUCCUAAAGAGAGCUCGGUGGCUUUAAAGAUUAGACUUCAUUGCGAGGGAUGCAUACAGAAAAUCAAGAAAAUAAUACUGAAAAUCAAAGGCGUCCAAACGGUGGCUAUUGAUGCAGCCAAAGACAUGGUGACAGUGAAAGGAACGAUGGAUGUUAAAGAACUCGUGCCUCUACUCACUAAAAAGCUCAAACGAACCGUAGAGCCUCUUCUUCCAGCCAAAACCGACGACGGUGCCACCCCUCCCGCCGCAAAGAAAGAAGCCCCAGCCGCUGGAACUACUAACGAAGCAAAGAAAGAAGGAAAUGAAGUCGUAGAGAAGAAAAAAGAGGGUGUGGAGAAUAAGAAAGAAGCUGGAGACGGUGGAGAGAAGAAGAAAAACGAGGCUGGUGACGGUGGAGAGAAGAAGAAAGAGACCGGAGAUGGUGAGAAGAAGGAAGGUGACGGUGUAGGAGGAGGAGGAGGUGCGCCGGUGGCAAUGGUGAAUAAAAUGGAUUAUUAUGGGUAUUCAUAUCCAACGGCUCCAAUGUAUUGGCAAGAAGGACACGUGUACGGCCAGAGUUACUCGAUUGAAGGACAGAGUUAUCCGAUAGGAGGUCAGAGUUAUCCAGGUUCAGGAUACAAUUAUGGGAGUGAGAGUUACGUACCGUACUCGCAUGGGAACAUGAACACGCCUCCGGGAAUGUUCAGUGACGAGAACCCUAACGGUUGCUCUGUUAUGUAACCAUGCCUUUGAAUUGUAUAUAUACGAUACUUGGAAGGGUCGAAACCUAUAAAAUGUGGAUUUACAUUCACAAAUGGGUACCUUUAGAUAUAAUUUUUGAAAUUGAGAUAACAUUGUUCUUUUGUGUUCUUUUGUGUAUUAGUUAUUUUACAUAUUUAAAUAAUUAGGUUCUUUAUUUUCUUUAAGUGUAGUGUCAUCGAAACAAAUAGUA